AUGAACGAUUCUCAGUUUGUUCAAGAGCAUCCGCAGCAACAUUAUGGUGCACCACCAACGUUACAACAACAAAACGGUCAACACAAUCCAACGUCAGAUAGUAAGUAUAUCUGUAAUUGACCAACUCUUUGAAUAUUUAUACUGAUAUACAUUUUUUCUUACACUAGUAAAAUUAGUUAAAUAGUUAUGUACACAGUGAUUGAAAUUAAUACUUUUUUGAAUGUAGGUACCUAUACAUUUUUGUAAGUCUUUCAAUAAUAAUGUUAAACAUAUAUUUCAACAAAAUUUUGUUUUUUGAUUAUAUUAUUAACAAUCAUCAUGAUUUUAGGCUUAUAAAUUUAAAAAAUAUUUUGUUUAGAUUCAUGAUAAGUUUAAAACUAUACUUGUGAAAAAGUGGUACCUAGGUAUUUAAUUUUCAAGUUUAAGUCUUGGUCAACAUAUUGUUUAUAUCUGUCUUUGAUGAAUAUUUUUAUUUUAAAUUUCAAGAAAAUUUUCUAAUUGUACCUAUUAAUGGUUGAUAUAUUUUUUUUGAUCCUACCAAAUUGUCUAAUAAAAUACAAAUUUUCAAUUUUAAAUUUAUAGAUUUAUCAUAUAAUCGUGACGAAGGUCAGUUUAAUGAUCAAUUUUCUCAACUUGGAUUAAAUAGUGAAUCUUCAUUUCCUUCAGUUCAAAGCAAUACCUAUGUGAGUUAUAAUUUAAAUAAUUCUUAAAUGAUUCACUUAAUAUCAGUGUAAGUAUGUAGUUAAUAUUAUUUUUAUAUUUUAGGCUAGUAAUAACAUCAAUAAUUUUCCAAAUGGACCACAAACUAAUAAUCCUCAAGUAUAUGCACAAAGUAAUUUUCUUGUUGAACAGUCUGGCCUCCCCAAGCAAUUUUCUUCAGCAGAACCCUACGGAGGAGAUUUUAAUCAAAAUGUACCCCCACCAAAUAGUUUUAAAGAAAAUUCAAAUAAUAUAGCACCAUUAUCAUCUUCUUUUCUUGAAAAUAGCAAUCAAUCAAAUUCUAAUGACGAAAUUAGUAAUAUAGAUUCAAGAGAAUUGAUUAAUUGCAUACCUGGUAGCUUAAAUGAAGUACCAAUAUCUAGUAAAUCAAAUGCAUUUAAUAGUUCAAGUGUAGUUCAAAAUCAAUUUGGUCCUGGAUUAAAUUCUUUAUCUCAACAGCCUCAUUCAGCAUUUUCUGUUGUUUCAUCUCAAUCAAGAGAAUAUCUAGGUAAUACAGGAUUGCCAUCACUUCAACAAUCAAAUUUUCCACCAAAAUCUAAAGUGUCAGCUCAACAUUUAGAUUUUUCACCACAGUCUAAUUUGGCACAGCAACAACCAGGUUUUCCACCACAACCUAAUUCAACUUUGCAGCAACAAGGUUUUCCACCAAAAUCCAAUCUAACAUCCCAGCAAUCAAGUUUUCCACCACAACCCAUUUCAACAUUGCAACAAUCAGGAUUCCCUCCAAAAUCCAAUUCAACGUCGCAGCAACCAGGUUUUCCACCAUUAACCACUUCAACUUCGCAACAAUUAGGAUUAUCAUCUAAACCCAAUUCAACACAACAUCAAUCAGGUUUUCCUCCUCAAUCCAAUUCAAUGCCACAGCAACCAGGUUUUCCACCACAAUCAAUUUCAGCAUCACAACAGUCUGGAUUCGAUCCUCAACCCAAUUCAAUGUCACAGAAACCAGGUUUCCCUCCACAACCAAGUUCAACAACUACGCUACCAGGAUUCCUUCCACAACCCAAUUCAAUGUCACAACAACCAGGUUUUCCACCACCACCAACUUCAACAUUGCAACAAUCAGGUUUUCCACCCCAAUCUAAUUCAACAUUUCAGCAACCAGGUUUUCCACUAAAACCUAAUCCUACGUUACAACAACCAGGUUUUCCACCACAAUCCAAUUCAAUAUCACAACAACCAGGAUUCCCCCCACAACCCAAUUUGACGUUGCAGCAACCAGGAUUUCCAUCACAACCUAGUUUAACACCUCAACAACCUGGUUUUCCACCCCAAUUUAAUACAUUGCAAAAAUCCACCCCAAUUUAAUACAUUGCAAAAACCCAGUUUUCCACCACAACCCAAUGCAACAUUGUCACAAAAUCAACCACAAUCAAAUUUGAUAGCUCAACCAGGUUUACCACCUAAACACCAACAAACAGGAUUUCCUCUUCAACCUUCAAAUUUAUCAUCACAAGCAAGUAAUUCACAACAACAAGGUAGUAGUACAUCUUUUCAGCAGCCUGGAUUUCCUACUCUGCCUAGUUCACCGCCCCAGCAGCAAGGUUUUCCAACUCAAUCUGGAAGUUUACCUUCUCAACCAAUUGGUUUUCCACCUCAGCAAACUGGUUUCCCACCUCAGCAACCUGGUUUAGUACCCCAACAACUGGGUUUAUCACCUCAACAAACCCAACUGCCACAGCAACCUGGAUAUACUCAACAAUACAAUGGUUUUCCGCAACAACCGAAUUAUCCACCUCAACAAAGUUACACUACUCAACAGCCAGGUUUGAAUCAAGGCACACCAACUUAUAUGGGUCAACCAGCUCCUAGUAGAAGAUUAGAUCCAGAACAAAUGCCUAGUCCAGUUAGUAUUCAAUUAUAUUACAUUUUUAUUAAGUUUAGUUUCCACAGUUCAUUUAUUUGCUGAAGGUUUACUAUUUGUGGAUAUUUUCUAUAUAGUGAGCACUUAUUUGGUGCACUUCUGUGUUAUUUGUUAUUCUGCAGUAUGCAGAGAGUAUCCACAAAUAGCAUUAUCAGGUAAGAAUGAAAUAACCUAAAAUUAGUACAUUUUUUUUAAAUUUUUAAAUCAACAUUUAAAUAUUAUUUAUCUUGACUUCUUUAUAAAUGUGCCACUAUUUCACUACUGAAUUAAUGUAAAAAUUGUCUUUAAUAUUUUCUAUCUAAGUUAUUAUUUAUAUUAAAAUCAAUUCUAUGAUUAUUUCUAAACAACAUCUAGUAAAAUUAGAAUUUUGUUUAACUAUUAACCAAUUUAAGAAUUAUUUGCUAUUUGUUUUUUUUUAAUGAUAUCUAAUUAUGUUUAGGUACAAGUUAUACAAGACGAUCAACAAUCUAAAGGUGGUAUUUUUUUAACUAAUCAAAGAGGUCUCGUACCUCCUUUGGUUACUACAGAUUUCACUGUACAAGAUGGCGGUAAUGCUUCACCUAGAUUAAUAAGAUCUACCAUGUACUGUGUACCAACUACAACAGACAUUAUGAAACAAGUGAAUACAUAUUUUUUAGUAACUAUGAAUAAUUUAUGUGUUAAUUAACUAGAUUUAAAAAUUGAUUAGAGUUCUGUGCCAUUCGGGUUAGUGAUUAGUCCAAUAGCAAGAAUAAAACAAGAUGAAUAUCCUCCACCUAUUAUAAACACCGGAGAAAUGGGACCAGUUAGAUGUAAAAGAUGUAAGGCUUACAUGAGUCCAUUUAUGCAGUUUAUUGAUGGUGGAAAACACUUUAUAUGCCUUUUAUGUAAAACUUCAACGGAAGGUAAGUUUUAAAUUAACAUAUUGUAUUUUAUAAAUCUAUAUUAAAAUCAAAAUGUUCUAUUUUAGUGCCAGUUGAAUAUUUUCAACAUUUGGAUCACACUGGUCAGCGGCUUGACCGCUUUGAAAGACCUGAACUAUGUUUUGGAUCAUAUGAAUUUAUUGUCCCAAAAGAAUAUUGUAGGGUAUGUACAUAAUCAAUAACUGAGUGUUAUAAUUAAAAAUUUAGGUAUUUGUUUUAUACAAAUAAUAGAAGUACAUAACAGCAUAAUAUUAUUCUAACUUAUUGCAUUUUUAUCUUUUACCAGAUGUGGUAUAAUGAAAUUAAUGUUAAACAAAAAAAUACCUAAUCAAUUUAUUGUCUAUUCAUUAAAUAAUCUUUGUUUUCAUUUAUUACUAUUUUAUUUGGUCGUUACUCAAUUAUGGUUUGAUUGGUUAGGUCAAGUGAAACAAAGACAGUAAAUUUCUAAAUCUACAAUAUCUUUUUAGAAGUUAUUAGUUUGUUUAUCUAGGGCAAAUCGCUAACUUGAUAAGUUUUGUUAACUAAUAAGCUCUAACUUCAAGCCUUUCUAUUUACUUUAUUUACCCAUGCAACUUCAAUUUAUGAACUUUUAUUUAUUUUAUAUUUAUUAUUCAGAUAUUCAGUAUUUUAAUAAUUAGCAUAAGGUAUACUUGUUUUGUUGUAAAAUACAUACAUAUCGUUAUUAAAGAUUUAAUAUUUAUUAUGUACAUUAAAUAUAGUGAAUUUAUUUUUCAGAAAGAAACACAACCAAAACCUCCUGCAUAUAUUUUUGUGAUAGAUGUUUCUUAUAAUAAUAUUAAAUCUGGACUUGUACGACUUAUAUGUGCUUUCAUGAAAGAGUUAUUAAGCAAAUUGCCAACUGAGUUAGGAGAAGAAAAAAGUAAAAUACGUGUUGGUUUUAUAACAUAUGAUACCACUGUUCAUUUUUAUAAUAUUAAGGUAAGAUAAAUUUAAAGUAAUUAAAAAUUAAGAUUACUAUUAAUAUUUGUUUAUUAAUUAUGUUUUUAUGGACAGUUUUGGCUCUGUAUUUUGUUAUACAUAAAAUUAAUAAAAAUAAUUAUAAGUUAUAGUCCAGUUCAGUGGUUUAGAACCUGAUACAAAUUUCGACGCUCUAAUUUUUUUUUUUCAUCUAUGAUAACCCCUUUAAAAAUCAUUUAAUAGAACUUAAAUAAUACGAUAUACAGUAUAUUAUGGUAAUUUACAUAUAAUUACAGUAAUUAUGGGUUUUGGUCACUCGCUAACUGUCUAGAUAACAGUUCUAAAGAAUAGCUAUAAAUACUUAAAAUAUAAUAUACAGUCUUAAAAAUGUAGAAUAGAAGAAUUUAAUUAAAAUCUAAGUCUUAGAAAAUAUCACAAGAAAAUUCAUAACAAUUAAAUACUAAAUAAACUAUUCUAAAACUAUUUAAAAAAUUGAGUAUAUUUAAAGUUGUAAAAAUUUUAUUUAUUUCAGGAAACAUUAGUUCUUCCUCAAGUGAUGGUUGUUGGCGAUACUACAGAAAUGUUUGUGCCAUUGUUAGAUGGGUUUUUAUGUAAUCCAGAAAAAUCUUCUCAUGUUAUAGAUGCUUUAAUGGAUAUAAUUCCUUCUAUGUUUAAUGAAACACGUACUACUGAAACUAUUCUUCUACCAGCUAUAACAGCAGGGAUGGAGGCCUUAAAGGUAUCUUUAGUUUUAAAUAUGAUUUUUAUCAAACAAUAUUAUGUAAUUUAUGAGUUUUAACAAUUUAAAAUAUUAAUAAUUAUUGUAUACAAGUGAUUUUUUAUCAUGAACCAGCAAUUAUCUUGGAUUUUUUUUUAAGUUAGUUUGAUUUCUAAUUUCUUCAGAUUUGACUAGACAAUAUUUUUCUAGUAAUUUUGAUAUUAAUGUUAUUAUUUUUUUUUCUAAAUUCUAUACAAUUUUAUAUUAAUAAUUUUUCAAAGUGUUUUUUAAACAGAUCAGUUAUGGUUUGUGUAUCACUGAUUAGAUUCCCUUCAUCAAGCAUGGUGAAAUUUUGUGAAUUUGUGUCCUUUGACUGAUUUACAUUGCUUGAAAAACAGUCUGGGAUUCAUUUUAGUUUUCAAUGUCCUCAAUAACUUUCUUGAAUGCUAACCUCUUUUGGCGUCUUACUAUACUGUUGGCUAGGUUUCAGUAACUGUGCCUAUUAUUUUUCCCCAAUCGAUUCAACUUCAACUGUUGGCAAUUUAUUUCAUUUGUUAUAAAUUCUAACUUAUGAUAACUAACCUAUGCAAUUCUUUUUGGUCAGUGGUUUUAAUCCAGUUGAACUUUUUUUGAUUCUUUGUUGUUUCCUUCUCCAACUAACUGAUAGUUUGUCAGAAAAAUCUAUUACAAGGAAGUGGUUGGUGUCUCCGUCCACUCCCUUAUAGUUCCUCACAUUGCUGAUACCAGAUUUAUGUCUAUUCUCAAUUAUAGCGUGGUUAAUUUCCCUUUUAUUUCUUGUAUUUGAAGAUACCCAUGUUUGUUUGAGGAUAUUCUUUCUAGGAAAAAAAGUACUGCUUACCACAAAUAUGUUCAAAAAGGGGGAGGAUUCCUAUUUGAAAAUCAAAAGUAUAUACUUAUUUCAGGUGUGUAGAGUAGAGGUAAAAAGUUAAAAAUGGUUUUAAAAUAAAGCCUAAACAAUUCCAUUAUGAUUGGAAAAAACAGAAAUCAAAUUCACUUAAAAUCCUCUGAGGUAACUGCUGGUUUAUGAUAAAAAAAGACAUCUUAAGAUAAUGGGGACGGGUGCAGCCACUGUUAUAGAUAAUUAAAUGUAUACCCGUAAGCAACAAUAAACCAUUACUUUUGAAAAAAAAAAACGAUUUUGAGCGGAGUUGAGUUGGUAGUGAUGCUUUGUCAACAAUAUGCAUGUCAUUUUAUAUUAAAAUAAUUAAAUAGGCUUUAUAUAUUUCCUUUAAUAAUAUUUGUUUAAUGUUUUACCGAUUUUUCCAAAUUUUCCUAUGUUUUUCCCAAUUGUCCCUGUUUAUCCUGGUUUUUCACAUUGGCUGGGAAAACUCCUGAGAAAAUUAAAAAAUUACCUCUCUAAAGUAUCUCCCUAGAAAAUUUUUUAGAAACAUUACUAUCAUUAAAAGUUUGAGCAAAAUUGCUGGUAGAAAAGUUGUGCACAGGAAAAAAAAAUUAACAUCUUUGUAAAACCAUAAGCUUCUCCGCUCUUUCAGAAUAUAAUCUAAAAAUCGCACUGUAUUUUAUGAAAACAUAUCUAAUUUAAUAUAAUUAUUAUUUAAGCAAUUUUUUUUUUUAUUGUUGACUAGUGGAAAACAAUAAAUUACUCAAUGUAUUGCUACCAUGGACUCAUAGUUAUUUAUUUGUAUUAUUUGUAUGUUUUUAGAAAGCUGAUUGCUGUGGUAAAUUAUUUGUAUUUCAUUCGUCUUUACCAAUAGCAGAAGCUCCUGGUAAACUGAAGAACCGUGAAGAUCGAAAAUUACUCGCUACUGAUAAGGAAAAAACUAUAUUGAGUAAAAGAAAUAAAAAUCUCUUAAAUAUUUUUGUUUUUUUAAACCGCCCGAAAGCUUUUAUUGUAACAAUUAAAAUAAAUCUUUAACAAUACAUUAUCAAAGGUGUGCAUAAAUACUUGUGAUGUAUUUAUGUACAAAAAUUAAAAAAAAAAUAAAAAACGUGUGGAAUCUUUCUCCCAGUGGAGUGGCGGUGGUCUUAGUUUAAGAAUCUUAUACUAAGUCACAUGGUCUUCGGCGAUUGAGACGUCUAAUAUCUAGAGAGUUGUCUAUUAGUUGAAUUACUACUGGAUUGGUGUGUUGAUCCAGUCUUUUCUCAUAUUUGCGGGCAAACUUGGUAAUCUCGUCCUGGACAAAGGUGAUCAUUAUAUCUCUGUGGAUAAUAUUAUUUCUGUCAUACCGGUAAGCUUCUGGCAAUGGUACGGAGAGCGAUGUAAUGGCAAAGUUUUCCAUAAGUCCAUAUUGGUUUAAUUAUCAUUACGUACAAGAGGCGUUUGCUUUUGAGGUCUAGUGCGGAAUGUUUUCCGACCAGCCAAUAUAGUUGUCACAUUUUCUUCUUAAUUUGCAGUUUUUUCUGUCUAACGUGGUGCUUCUAGUUGAGUCGAGAGUCCAGGUUUUUUCUAGAUAUUUUGCUGAGUCACAUUGUGAGAUGCUCUGCUUAAUUUUGUCAUGUUAAAGUUUGCUAGUACAAUUUUAGAGUAUUUUUUUAGUUCAUAGUGCUUUAUAGACUCUUAUAAUUACAGCAGUACCAGCCCGAGUUCUACCACUAAGAUGAAUCCUUAUCUUUAGAAAGGUCGAUGUUGUAAAGUGGUGCAUUUCCGAAAUAAUGGCUAUGUCAAUGUUUUCACUGUGUAAAAGGUCUUCAAGUUCUUGUCUGCGCUGUAUUAACCCAUUGGCGUUCCAUCCAAUGAUUCAUUUCUUUAUUUUCUGCGAAGUAUUUUUGGACUUUGUCUGGUUUAUUUCCAGUUUGUCCAUUCUUGCUGUGAUAUUUGCUAGUGUUUGUGUUAUAUUGAUUAACACGACUAAAAUCAACAAAUCUCCAAACAUCCUGAGGUUUAUUUGGAUCGAAUUUUGAAGUGCUAGCCAUGUGCAAGUAUGAAACAUUUGUUGUGACAGGUUUCUUCUGUAUUUUUUGUGCAGCAGAGACUUGUUUUGGGUGUGCUGGUUUCUAUUACAUUCUUAUAAGCAGAGCAACCCUUCCAGUUGGCUGUGUGAUUUUCACCACAGUUUGCACACUUUGCUUUUGUCUUUUUAGAUUUUAGGCAAUCUUCGGUUCUAUGUUCACUACAUUUCAUGCAUACAUCCGAUUCGUGACAGAUUUGUGUGUGUCCGAGAGCUUGGCAGUUCUUGGUGGUUUUAUUUUUAUUAUCUGAUGACAUAGUAGUUUUAUGUUGUAAAUGUCUUUAUUAUUCUCCCGUGGUUUUAUAUCUACAAACAAUAAUGGUAGCCCUAUGUAUGUCCAUUCACUGUUUUUGUUUUUAGGAUCAGAUUUUUUCUUGAUCUGUAUAUUGGUUAUUUUGCUUACCUCGUGGCCUUUGGUCAUACAGUUCAUUGGUAAUUAUUUCUAUAAGUCAUGAUUUAUACCUCUUAAUACUACUCAAAAUGGUUUUUCACCUUUUAAUUGGUAAUGAUGGUAUUCAACUUUAUUUUCAUUUAAUAUUCUUAUUGUACUUCUGAAUUGACUUUCGUUUUUUAUUAAGAUUCUUGUCUCAUCAUUUGAUAGGACUUUGAAUUGUUGUUCGUUUCCUACCGGCUCUUAAUAACUAUACCUUAAUAAUUGUUUUAAUUUAUCAAAAUGUUUAACACCUUUGAUAGUUAUUGAUGGGGUUUAUAUAUUUUUUAAGUAUUAUCAUUAGUCGGGUUUUUAUUACUAUUUUGUUUAACUUUUGAAGUUACGUUAACAUCUUUUGAAACUGAUAUGUUAGAAUUAGGGGUCGUUUUUUCUAAUUUGUUCUCUUUUUUUUGUAAUUAAUUGUGACGAUUUAAAUACCAGUACUAAUUCACUAUUUUUUAUUUGUAGUAAUUUUUGACUUGCUUGUAGUUCUGCCACUUGGCGAUGGAGUUGUUCGUUGGCGUGUUUUAAUUUGGUUAAAUAUUAGAAAUAUUUGUAUUAAUAUAUUAUUUGUCUAUUUUUAAUAGAUCCCCAAACAAAUGUGUAUAUGGAUUUGGGACAGGAGUGUGUUCAAGUUGGUUGUAGUGUUGAUUUAUUUAUUACUAAUAACUCUUUUAUCGACUUGGCUACAAUUGGUGAAAUUACUAAAAUUACUGGUGGUGAAAUUUUCAAAUACACUUAUUUUCAAGUACGUUUCUAAAUGAAAUAUAAUUAUAUUGUAAAUAUAAUUUAUAAAUAUAAAUAUAUUGUUAUAAAAGUAUAAAUGUGUUUAUAAAAGAAUUUGUAUUUUUUAAAUUUAGGCUGACAUUGAUGGAGAACGAUUUUUGUCAGAUUUAAAACGUGCUAUUAGUCGACCAACUGUUUUUGAUGCUGUUAUGCGAGUACGUACAUCAACCGGUACUCGUCCCACUGAUUUCUAUGGACAUUUCUUUAUGUCAAACUCCACUGAUGUCGAGUUGGCUGCUAUUGACUGUGAUAAGGUAUGAUUUAAACAUUAUUGAUGUAUAUUUUAACUUAUUUUUGAAAGUUGAAAAUGAUGUACUUAAUAUAAAAGUUCUUAAUAUUUCUACAAAAUGUAAGAGUUCAAAAUUAUUCAUUAUUUAAAAUGUAACUAUACCUAAUAGAGAUAACAACAAUACAUAUUUUUUAUUUUAUUAAUAACAAACAGAAAUAUUUCUUCAAAUGUUUAUUUGAAUAAUUUAUUAGCAAAAAUUAAAUAGUUGAAUUUUAUUGAUAUUAUUUGCAAUAAAAAAAAUAAUGUAAAAAAGCCCCAUAAUACUGAAAUUACAUACUGGCUAUUUGAUUUACUUUAACACCAAUUAGAGGUGUAUUACUUUUUAAAAAUUAGUUUUAAAAAAGUUAUUAAUUACUAUUAUUUCAUUUAAAACCAAUAAUUAACUUCUUUUCCUCAAAAUUAGUAGUUUCUGUAAUUUUUUAAAUCAUGUAUUUAGUUCUAAUAUAAAAUUAGUUAAUUUGAUUAAUUAUCACAGUAUUGUAAUAUUAUGAAAUUAAUAUUUUCUAUUCUAAAUUAUCUGUAUAAGAUGUUUUCCUAAUCAUGAUAUAAUCUAAAUACUGUUUAAAUUACUGUUGGUUAUAUAAUUUGAUACAAUUUAUUGUAUUUUUUUAAAUGUAUACUAAUAAUUAAUAAUUAUACUAUUUUAAUGCAAUCUUCUGUUUUUGUGGCUUAUUAAAAACAAUUUCCUACCUGGAUGAUAAAUGUCUGUUUUUAUUUUGUACAUCAUUUGUUCAAAGUUGAAAUAAUAUGUUAUUUAAUAUUAUUCACUUCUAGGCUAUUGCUAUUGAAGUAAAACAUGACGAUAAACUCGAUGAACAAGAUGGAGUAUUGGUACAAACAGCUAUAUUAUACACAUCGUGUAGUGGACAGAGGCGUGUUCGUAUAUUAAAUCUAGCAUUACAAUCUAGUGGACAAAUGAGUGAAUUAUAUCGUAGUUGUGAUUUAGACACAAUAAUAAAUUUCUUUGGUAAACAAGGUGGGUUCUAAUAUUGUCGAAUUAUGAUGCAUUCUAAUAGAUAAUAUAUUAAUGGUUUUAUUUUUAUUUUAUUUAGUAAUGUAUAAAAUAUUGGAAAGUUCUGGACAUCGAGUAAAGGAUGCGAUUACCAAUAAGGCCGCUCAAAUACUGGCUACUUAUAGAAAACAUUGUGCAUCACCAUCUUCAGUUGGUCAACUAAUUUUACCAGAGUGCAUGAAACUAAUGCCUUUAUAUGUUAAUUGUAUAAUUAAAAGUGAUGCAAUGUCUGGUGGUAUGUUAUUUUGAUUUUUAAUAUUAUCACACAAUUUAUACUAAUUAUUGGUGUUUUUUUUCUGCAGGUUCUGAUAUGACUGUUGAUGAUCGUUGGUAUAACAUGCAUUUGGUCAUUACUUCAGAUAUACCUACAACAUUAGGAUAUUUCUAUCCACGUCUGAUUCCCAUUCACACACUCAAUGACGAAACACCUUUGGACUGUGUCUCAAUACCAGAGCAAUUGAGAUGUUCCAUAGAAAAGUUUUCUGAAAAUGGUGCUUUUGUUUUAGGUAAAUUAAAAUAUUAUUUUAUGUUUUAAAUAAAUUACAAUUAUAAUAAUACAUUUUAUUAUUUAGAAAAUGGAGUUUAUAUGUUCAUGUGGCUUGGUUUGGGUUUAAGUCAAACAUUUUUAUCGGACGUGUUUGGCGUUCAGAAUAUAGCACAUGUUGAUACUGAAUGUUCUACUAUUCCCAUUUUGGAUAAUCCACUCAAUAAAGCAGUUCGUCAGGUGUUGUUUAAAAUUCAAGAAGAACGAAGCCAUUCAAUGAGAGUAUGUAGACUUGAACAACUUUUUCUAUUAAUAAUUAAGUUUGUUUGUGUUGUUUAUACUUUUUUUGUUUAUAGCUUUCAAUUAUACGGCAAAGGGAUAAAAUUGAGACUGUUAUGAGGCAUUUCUUAGUUGAAGAUCACGGCAUUGACAAUAGCCCAUCUUAUGUUGAGUUUUUGUGUCGCAUGCAUAAAGUAAUACGCGAUAUGCUCAGUUAG